AUGGUUUCAACAAUAUUAUUGCUGCUAGGUGCAGCGGUUAUAUACUUCAUAUUCAAUACCGUAUCGGGGCUUAGAGCCAACAUUGCUGCUGCCAAACGAUCCGGCUUCCCUUACUUCGUUGUUCCUAUUAGCCCAUGGAACCGAUUAGGUCAAAUAUUUCAUAAAUUUUGGUCCCGUUUGUUCAGACUUCUUCCACGCAAAUAUUGGGAAGACAUUGAACCGUGA